AUGCCUCACCUAAAGGACGAGGAGCUAGGAAAGAAAGAUGACGACCACCGAAUCCCACCAGCACGCUCUUGGCAACUGCCUCAGCUUUCAAAUAUCCCGCGCCCUCGAAGGCUCAUUACUGCUCUGAUUGGUCUCGUGCUAGUCUAUCAAUUCUUCAAGCACAUGCCAACCGACCUAAGGCCAGCCCGUGAGCGAUAUGACCCAGCGAUUGCACGAUUCAGAGAGCAGAACCCUUCCCCUGUGGUAUCGCCAAACGAAAUUCCGUCAGAUUCGGAGACACAAGGAAGCAAAGAUAAGGGUAAAUUAUAUGAUGGGAAGAUUAAGCUCUACGAGCUGGCCAGCUCGCUGCCCCCGGAUAAACACUCGGAGAAUAUGCUCAGUAAUGCUGUGCUGUUCGCUGGAUCCAAUCUCCACAGCAUCGCGGACAUGCUACCUUUAGCUUGUCGAAUGGCACGCGAGCAAAGAAAUCAUGUCCACCUAGCCCUAUUCGGCAAAGAAGAGGUUUCGGUCGAGGGAAUUAAGCAGGUGAAUGGCAUUGUGGACUCUGACUGUCCGAUCGUAUGGCAUGACUGUCGACCUGAUUAUGCUGCCCAGUCUACUGAUGAUCGACUGGCCCGGUCUGUCAAAGGGGGUCUCGGUUUCAUUCAGACCUACAUCGCCCCAGAGGUCAUUAUUACCCAAAGUAAGGAUUGGGAAGACUCUUUUUUCUGGGGAGGACUGAAGCGCCAUCUAUGGGAAGUUGGCAUUUCCCACAUUGCUCUUCCGACCACCUCCACGGAUCUCAUGUGGAUAGCAUCCAUUGAUAGUACUGCGCUUAAAGUCUGGAAUGACAUUCGUGUCGACAUCGUUGUCCACGCAUCCCAAUCGGCGGGCUCUCUUAUCAGACUUCUCCGAUCGCUAGACGCUGCUGAUUAUCUGGGAUUUACACCCAAAUUGACAAUAGAGCUUCCGCCGCAGAUAGACCAAACAGACUUACUGGGGCAACUGAAGGACCUAUCCCAGUUGAAAGAACAGAUCACGCUUCGGCGGCGUAUUCAACCGCAUUUUAUGGACCCUGUCGAAGCUUCUCUUCGAACGGUGGAAUCUUUCUACCCUCUCAACCCGGAGGUAUCUCAUGUGCUAAUGCUGGCUCCGAACACCGAAGUGGCACCAUCGUUCUACCACUACCUGAAAUACAGCAUUUUGGCCUACAAACAGUCUGCUCGGUCUUCGUCAUCCAAGCUCCUUGGAAUAUCUCUCGAGCUUCCAUCUACCAAGCCUACCAUCAAAGACGAACCUUUCAUUUCGCCGCUCUCAGAAGUCAAAUCGGGAUUCAUUCCCUCGUUUCUCUGGCAAGCUCCUAAUAGCAACGCAGCAAUGUACUUCGGAGAUAAAUGGGCUGAAUUUCAUUCGUUUCUUUCACAUCGCCUUGAUAUCUCGGAUUCAAAAGCAAGCAUCCCUUCUUCAGAAAAGCUUGUUUCCACAAGAUAUCCCUCCUUUAUGGAAUAUUUACUAGAGAUGAUGCGGGCCAAAGGAUACUAUAUCCUCUAUCCCUCGUUCCCCGGGACUGGGGCCUCAUCUCUGGUGACGGUUCAUCAAGACUUGUCUCAGUCUCCAGAAGAGUUCGUCCAUGAGACAAAACCUGGAGUAUCUGGGGACAAGGACGUCGACGACAUUGAAAUGGUGCCACCGGGGCAAAAACCGAAUCCAGAAUUGACUAUUAUGACCCUAUUUGACACUUUUGACCAGGGUCUUCCAGACAUGGAAACUUUGCCUUUACUAUCAUUUGAUGGAGAGCAGUUGACCCAAGAAAAGUACAGUCAACAGACCAAGGAGUAUUCUCAACAAUUCCGAGCUCACUACGGAGGUUGCUCGAGUAAUCAAGAGGGCGCUGGAUUUUUCCCCAAUGAUCUAUUUUGUCUGGAGUGA